GUGCCAGCCGGGGGGCAGGUGUGCAUAGUAUAUAUAAGAGACACGCCCUUGUGAGCGGAUUGAUCCUGCCCUUCUGGCUGCAGGACUUCUGGUAUCAGGAACAGGGAGGAAACCCCACGAGGCUUGUCCUUGCCUUCGGGGAGGGCUUCCCAGACCAGUCGUAGCUGCGAAGAGCAGAAAGGAUGAGGUGGCUUUUCUCUCUGCCCUCGAUGUGGAUGGUAGUGGUAGUGACUUCUUGGAUCAUCAUGGCUGCAGCUGAGGACACCUCGGAAGCAAGAAGCUGCUCUGAAUGUCACAGUAAUGCCACUUGCAUGGAGGACGGGGCUGCCACGACAUGCACCUGCCGCGUGGGCUUCACUGGCGACGGCCUCGAGUGCGUGGACCUGGAUGAAUGCUCCCUUCCAGGGGCUCACGACUGCUCUGCCAACAGCAGCUGCGUGAACACGCCGGGCUCCUACACGUGCGUCUGUUCUGACGGCUUCCGCCUGAGCCCAGAGCUCGGCUGCAUAGACGUGGACGAGUGCGCGGAGCCCGGGCUUAGCCGCUGCCAUGCCCUGGCCACCUGCGUCAACGGUGAGGGCAACUACUCAUGCGUGUGCCCCGCGGGCUACUGGGGGGACGGGUGGCACUGUGAGUGCUCCCCGGGCUCCUGCGGGCCGGGCCUGGACUGCGUGCCUAACGGUGACGCGCUCAUGUGCGCGGAUCCGUGCCAGGCGCACGGCAUCCUGGAUGAGUAUUGGCGCAGCGCCGGGUACGGGGCAGGCUAUGACUGCGACUCCGACCUGAGUGGCUGGUACCGAUUCGUGGGCCAGGGUGGCGUGCGCCUGGCCGACACCUGUGUGCCGGUCCUGCGCUGCAACACGGCCGCGCCCAUGUGGCUCAACGGCACGCACCCAUCCAGCGACGAGGGCAUCGUGGACCGCACAGCCUGCGCGCACUGGAGCGGCCACUGCUGCCUGUGGAACACGCCCGUCCAGGUGAAGGCCUGUGACGGCUACUACGUCUACAACCUGACUGCGCCCCCGGAGUGCCAUCUGGCCUACUGCACAGACCCUAGCUCCGUGGAAGGGACGUGUGAGGAGUGCAGUAUAGACGAAGAUUGCAAGUCGGAUAAUGGCAAAUGGCAUUGCCAGUGCAAACAAGACGUCAACAUCACUGAUUUCUCCCUCCUGGAGCACAGGCUGGAAUGUGGGGUCAAUGACAUCAAGAUGUCUCUGAGCAAGUGCCAGCUGAAGAACCUGGGCUUCGAGAAGAUCUUCAUGUACCUGCGUGACAGCCAGUGCUCAGGCUUCGCUGAGAGGGGCAACCGCGACUGGAUAUCCGUGGUGACCCCGGCCAGGGACGGCCCCUGUGGGACGGUGAUGACGAGGAAUGAAACCCAUGCCACCUACAGCAACACUCUCUACCUGGCAGAUGAGAUCAUCAUCCGGGACCUCAACAUCAAAAUCAACUUUGCCUGCUCCUAUCCCCUGGACAUGAAAGUCAGCCUGAAGACCUCCCUGCAGCCCAUGGUCAGUGCCCUAAACAUCAGCGUGGGGGGGACCGGGAUGUUCACGGUGCGGAUGGCGCUAUUCCAGAGCCCCACCUACACGCAGCCCUACCAGGGCUCCUCCGUGACCCUGUCCACCGAGGCCUUUCUCUUCGUGGGGACCAUGCUGGAUGGGGGCGACUUGUCCCGGUUUGUGCUGCUGAUGACCAACUGCUAUGCCACGCCCAGCAGCAGUGCCACAGACCCCCUGAAGUACUUCAUCAUCCAGGACAGAUGUCCACGCUCCCAGGACCCAACCAUCCAGGUGGAGGAGAAUGGAGAGUCCCCUCAGGGCCGGUUUUCCGUCCAGAUGUUCCGUUUUGCUGGCAACUACGACCUGGUCUACCUGCACUGUGAAGUCUAUCUCUGUGACAGCGUGAAUGAGAAAUGCAAGCCUACCUGCUCCGGGACCAGAUUCCGCAGUGGGGGCGCCAUAGACCAAAGCCGUGUCCUGAACUUGGGUCCCAUCACACGGAAAGGGGGCCAGGCUGCAGUCUCGAGGGCCGCUUCCAGCAGCUUGGGACUCCUGAAGGUCUGGCUGCCUCUGCUUCUGUCGGCCACCUUGACCCUGAUGUCGCAGUGAUCGGCAGCCCGAAAUGCUGUGCUCUCUGGCUCCCGGCUCACUUCCCACUGACUAUCGAGGCGAUGCCGUCUAGCCACAGGAAGGGGAGUGCACGUUUCAGUUGCUCUGCUCCUAUUUUCUCCCCUUUAAUCCUCAUUAUAUAUAUAUAAAAAAAUCCUGUGCCUUUAAAUGCUGCCGUCUCUCAAAAUGGAACUUGGAUGGGUCUGCAUAUGAAGCCCCUAUCUCAUUAAAGCGUGUUGCAAAAAUAA